UUCCCCAAGACUCAGCGGCUAAUGCCCAAUGCUGCUGAAAGGGAGAGAACGAGUGAAGAGAGGGAGGGAGGAAAGGAGAAGGAGAUAAAGAAAGGGAGAGCAGAGCGCGGAAAUUUCGUGGCCGCUUCUUGGCGCGAAUCUGGCAGGGGGGAAAACAGAAGCGAGCCGCCGUCGCCCGUCGUUUUAUAGAUGGUUGUUUUUGACGCCGCCAGUCCCGCGAGCCCUUCUGUUAUCGCAGCGCUGCGUUAGCAUUUUUAACAUUCUUUACCUCAGACCACAUCUCAUCUCCACAUCUCUAACUUCUUUAAAGCGUUUUAGAGUGCAGUAGUCGCGUCAAGCUGGUCCUAUAAAACCUGCACAAUGGGGCGAAAAUCAAACCGAGCAAAGGAGAAAAAACAGAGAAGACUUGAAGAACGGGCAGCUAUGGAUGCAGUGUGUGCGAAAGUGGAGGCAGCCAAUAAGCUUGAAGAUCCUUUAGCUGCCAUGCCAGUGUUCAAAAAAUAUGACAGAAAUGGGCUAAACCUGCAGAUUGAGUGUAAACGGGUUACUGCGUUGAGUCCAGAUACAGUGGAGUGGGCCUAUGAGCUGACCAGAGCCAACAUGCAGACGCUAUAUGAACAGAGCGAGUGGGGAUGGAAGGAGAGGGAGAAGAGGGAAGAGAUGAAGGACGAGAGAGCCUGGUAUCUGCUGGCCCGUGAUGCUGACUCCACACCUCUAGCCUUUUCCCACUUCCGAUUCGAUGUGGAGUGCGGAGAUGAGGUGUUAUAUUGUUAUGAAGUGCAGUUGGAGAGCAAAGUCAGACGGAAAGGCCUGGGGAAAUUUCUCAUCCAAAUCCUCCAGCUUAUCGCCAACAGCACGCAAAUGAAAAAGGUCAUGCUGACAGUAUUUAAACACAAUCAUGGGGCUUACCAGUUCUUCAGGGAGGCUUUACAGUUUGAGAUUGAUGAAACCUCACCCAGUAUGUCGGGGUGCUGCGGCGAAGACUGUUCCUAUGAGAUCCUGAGCAGAAGAACGAAGUACGGCGAGGUCUCGGGCCACGCACAUGGAGGCCACUGUGGAGGAUGCUGCCAUUGAGAACCAGUCUGUUCAUUCAGAGCUUCCUCGUCACCCACAAUCCCCCAUAUUCAUCAGCUAAAACCCCCUUUAUGCUUGCUCUUGGUUUGUUUUAACUUAUAAAGCUCAUUGGCCAUUUCAUGUAAUAAGCGAUAGUGUGCUGUUUUUGGGUUUCCUAAAAGUAUGAAUGACAAUAAAAAAUAAAUGGCAGUAAGGCCACUGUGAGCCAGAUGUACCUUCUCUCACCUCAGGUGUCUGAAAAGAGCCUGUUUCGCUUAUACAUCAGCUGUUUUGUUACCGCAGUGGGUGAAUGCAAGUGUUGGUCACAGUGGUUUUUACGGCCAUUUGAUUCUCUACCACUUUUCAGGGUAAACGCGUUUUAACUAAAAGCUGAAGUUUGCUUCACACGUCGAGAAAAACUACAAUCUGUCCUGUUUGUAAUUCAUAAUCACUGAAGCUAGACUGUCUCAGGUCAUUCAACUUCAAUAUUUUAUAACGGCGACUAUUAGGGGAAUUGAUGGAUGAGGAUUAUAUCGGCAUUUGAUUUGAUAAAGAAGUUGGCAUGUUAGCUAGUGUAGAAAUAUGCUUUCAUUUUACUUUGUUUUUUUUAUUAUAGCAUACUUUUAUCAUGUCAUUACUGUAUAUUUCCAUUUUUUUUUCUCUCUCUCCACUGUAUAUAAUCUGUUUGCCAUGUACAUUUUAUUUGCCUUCAGAGACAUUGGAAAAAUGAUAUACAAAAGUUUAAAACAGUUUGAAAGAUGAGUGUCCUUGUCUUGUGCUCUCGUUGAACUGAAACGAAAGGUCAUUCCUGCUUUGUGUUUGAUUUGUAUGCAUCAAAUAAAGGAAUCUUGUUUGA